AUGGGCGUCGACGCCAUGCCAAACUCAGCGCCGCUUACGGUUCUGGCCACAACCAGGGCUGUUCUGACCCUUCCCGACGACAGCCUUGUCCUGACACCAGCAACCAUCACGGUCUCGGCCGAGACUGGCAAGAUAGUUGCCGUGGAGCCCACGGUCCUGCCCAAGACGUCGUUCCCAUCUUCGGCAACGUACAUCGACUAUGGGUCCAAGCUCUUGAUCCCCGGUUUGGUGGACGCUCAUGUCCACUUGAAUGAGCCUGGCCGAACAGAGUGGGAGGGCUUUAACACAGGUACCAGGGCAGCUGCGUCUGGCGGCGUGACUACCGUCAUCGACAUGCCGCUCAACGCCAUCCCACCGACCACCACUGUUGCCAACUUCAAAGAGAAGCUUGCUGCCAGUGAAGGACAGUGCUGGGUCGAUGUUGGCUUCUAUGGAGGUGUUAUUCCAGGAAACGCCGAUGAUUUGCUGCCUCUGGUUGAGGCAGGUGUGCGAGGAUUCAAGGGAUUCUUGAUCGAGUCUGGUGUGGACGAGUUCCCAGCAAUCUCCUCGAACGACAUUGCACUCGCAAUGAAGACUCUGAACGGGACCCCUACCACACUGAUGUUCCACGCUGAAAUGAUCCCACCGAUUUCAGAUUCGGUCGGUGAUGCUGUUCAGGCUUCGGAGCCACCUUUGGCUCCCCACGGAGACUUGAAGACGUACCAGACCUUUUUGGAAUCUCGCCCGCCGGUUUUCGAAACCUGUGCGAUCGACGAAAUUAUCUCGUUGUCCCACCUGGCGUCUAACCUCCACCUGCACAUUGUCCACCUUUCGGCAAUUCAGGCGAUCCCUAUUCUGAAGGCUGCACGAAAGCAGGGUGUCAACAUCACUGCCGAGACUUGCUUCCACUAUCUAGGACUAGCAGCCGAGGGCGUUGAGGAUGGAGAUUGCCGGUAUAAGUGCUGCCCACCGAUUCGAGAACAGAUCAACCAAGACGGGCUUUGGGACGAGCUUAUUGCGCCCGAUUCCUGCAUCAGAACAGUUGUGUCGGACCACUCUCCCUGCACGCCCGAACUGAAGCUGCUGCCGUCACACUUGCAGACAAUGGACACCGCACACAUUCGUCACUCUGAUUCCGGUGUCGAUGUGUCUGCAGAUCUGGAGCGAUCCACAUUAGAGAAGGAGGCAACGGCGGCUGCGUCAUCAGGAGAUUUCUUCGCCGCAUGGGGCGGCAUCUCAUCUGUUGGCCUUGGCCUUCCCAUCAUGCACACCGCAUCCGCCCUGCGAGCAAAGCAAACGGGCCAGGCUCCAAGCCUCGUCGACAUGGUCCGACUUUGCUGCCAAGCAACAGCUAAGCAGGUUGGGUUAUACCACAGGAAGGGUGCACUCAAAGUUGGCAUGGACGCCGACAUCUGCGUUUUUGACGACGCAGAGGAGUGGAUGUUGCAGAGCAAGGGUAUGCACUGGAAGAACAAGUGCUCGCCAUGGGAAGGCCACAAGUUCCAGGGCCGAGUCAAGGAGACAUGGCUGCGAGGCCAGAAGAUCUAUGAGCACGGCGGAUUGAACCACGGGUUUGUCUGUGCAACCCCCGUUGGCGAAGCAAUUGUCGAAAAGAGGACCGCGUAA